GCGGCAGGCGGCUCUCUCUGUACAUGGAGCAGGUGGUGUGCGAGCACUCUGCUGCAGCCAGGUUACCGCCUGGUGGAGAGGCAGGGAUAGGGUCCGGACAGCAAGCCAGGCCGCCAGGGAGGGACCAAGACCAAUGUCCGAGGCUGAGUGCAGCGCAGGAGAGCCCCCGCCUCCAAUGUCAGCAGGAAGGCGAGGGGCAGCCUGCGGCGGAGCCAGGGGACGAUGAGAAGGAACCCGAGCACACUCGGGACCGCACGAAAAACAAGUGUCUGAUCGGGAACUGGCUGGAGCAGAGAAUGGCAGCUCCCUUUGAUCAUGAUGAAGAGAAGGCCGUGUCAAAUGCGAUAGCAUUUAAGGAUGGACAUAAAGGUCUACUCACCACAGAUUAUUUAUCAAAACUAUCCAACUUAACCAUUUAUAAAGAGUCGUACCCUCCUCCCAUGAAACCUCCACAAGAAACAGGAAUAAGGAAGCAACUUAUUGAAAAGUAUAUGUAUCACAAAAUAAGCAAAGAAGUAUUUGAUGCACAUGAAGCUGCCUUAGCUUUACAACCAAUGGAAUCGCUGACUGUAACAGGACGUGACUUCAAGGUGGAAGGCUUUAAAUCUGUUCCACGUCCUCCUACUAUGAUACAUAAUUACAAAACGGAGCAGCCUAUUACUAUCUGGACUGACCAUGCCACACAAAUACAUGGUGUCACUCCAAUAAAGAAUCCUCAUACUCCAUUUCGAAAAAAUACAUCAUUUACGAAACCAAUAACGGAAACCUUGGAUAGCUGACAACUUACAGUUUGAAAAUUGCAUUGUUCCCAUUCAUGGAAGUUAAUCAUUACAAAAAUUAGAUACUAUGUAUUAUACCUGUUUCUGCUUAUUCUCUUUUUACUGCUUCUAUACAGAAUCUGGAUCAUUCAUUUAACAUCAAUUCUGAAACAAAUAAAAAUCUGCUGAAAGAUUUUUUCAAAGUGUCUCAUGGUAAUGCCAAUGAAAAGAGCAGUAUGUACCAGAACUGAAUCUCGUCUGGUUGGAAAGAAGGCAUUACAGAGUGAGGUUCCACUAUCUCUGCUGAACUUCAGAAGGCUGUGUUGCAAACUUGCCUACUGCCAGUUUGUAAUUCUUUAUCAAAGUUAAUGAUCAUUAUAUCAUGAUCAUGCACAACUAGCCCAUGAUUUUAUGGCCAUUGAUUUUAAAUAAUAUAUACUGCUGUAUGACUCUGUAAUAUGUUCUCACGUACAAUCCACCUGUUUUGAGUCAAAGUGGGCAAAUGUUGGAAGGUUAUAGCAGGCUGAUUUAUCUGUUUUUUAUAGCUGUUUGAUCUCUGUCAGUGCUUGUUCCUUGGCCAACAAGUUCUGGAGUGAGACUUGGAUCUGGAAUGCAUGACUCAGAGGCAGUACACAACCUACAGAUUCACAAGAGUUCCUUAAUGGGCACCAAAUUUCAGUCUUGUUGCAGAGUGCUUCCUACCUGCCAUCGAGGGCAUGAUCAUCAGAGCUCAACUUCACAGGAUUCGUCAUGUAAUUUCUCUGCAGGAUUUACAGGUAAAAAUUGGAGUAUUCUACAGUCAGUUAUGCAUGGAACCCCCACAAGACAUUCCAAACUUCAAUAAAUACACAAUGUGACAGUCACUUUCAGAGCUGGAUCUCAAUACAUGGGAAGGAAAAAUCUUUGUAUAAAUCUAAAUGGGAAAGUUCCUGUCAUCAAGUGACUGCAGCAUUGGAUGAGAGCGGAAUUAAGUGUCUUCAGCAGUAACAAGCAUGGUGCAAAGCCAAUGCCUUCAUCCAACCCUGUCAUAUUUGGCUUAAAGGUACAUGACAGAGGGUGGUGGUGGAGGGUUGUUUUUCAGACUGGAGGCCUGUAACCAGUGGA